GCGGCCGGCGGAGGUCAGCGAGUUCGGCACUGUCGCGCCCGCCGCUAGGUCCAAUCCGGUCCAGCCAGCAUGUCCAUCCACUUAAGCUCCCAGGUCUUCGGCUCGCACUCCUCCGCCCUCCCCGGGCGCGGCUCGCAGGUGCACCUGAGCUCCGUGCGCCCCGGGGGCUUCAGCAGCCGCAGCCUGUACGGCUUGGGCGCCUCGCGGCCGCGCGUGGCCGUGCGCUCCGCCUACGGAGGCCCCGUGGGCGCCGGCAUCCGCGAGGUCACCAUCAAUCCGAGCCUGCUGGCCCCGCUGCGGGUGGACAUCGACCCGUCCAUCCAGCAGGUGCGCCAGGAGGAGCGCGAGCAGAUCAAGACCCUCAACAACAAGUUUGCCUCCUUCAUCGACAAGGUGCGGUUCCUGGAGCAACAGAACAAACUGCUGGAGACCAAGUGGGCCCUGCUGCAGGAGCAGAAGUCGGCCAAGAGCAGCUGUGUCCCCAGCAUCUUCGAGGCCUACAUUGCUGGCCUGCGGAGGCAGCUUGAGGGACUGCAGCUGGAUGGAGGCCGCCUGGAGGCGGAGCUGCGGAACAUGCAGGACGUGGUGGAAGACUUCAAGAACAAGUAUGAAUAUGAAAUUAACCGUCGCACGGCUGCUGAGAAUGAGUUCGUGGUGCUGAAAAAGGAUGUGGACGCCGCCUACAUGAGCAAGGUGGAGUUAGAGGUGAAGGUGGAUGCCCUGAAUGAGGAGAUCAACUUCUUCAAGACCUUCUAUGAGACGGAGUUGGCAGAACUGCAGUCCCAGAUCUCGGACACGUCAGUGGUCCUGUCCAUGGACAACAGGCGCUCCCUGGACCUGGACGGCAUCAUUGCCGAGGUCAAGGCCCAGUACGAGGAGAUGGCCAACCGCAGCCGGGCCGAGGCCGAGACCAUGUACCAGAUCAAGUUUGAGACCCUCCAGGCACAGGCUCGGAAGCAUGGGGACGACCUCCGUAAUACACGGAACGAGAUCGCAGAGAUGAACCGUGCCAUCCAGAGGCUGCAGGCUGAGAUUGACAACAUCAAGAACCAGGUGGGAGAAAGCCCCCUCCCCCCCGCUUCCUCCUCCCUGUUUCUUGGGGCCUGUGAAGGGCAGCCAUCUGAGAAUGAGGAGCCCGAGGCUCUCCCAGGCUGAGGCUGGUGCAGCUCAAGUCUCGUGGGCCCACUUGUGAGAUCUCCAGGACAGAAUGUUCUUGGCCAGGUCCUGGCUCAGGCCAAAGGGAGGAGAGGAGUCGUAGUUGGGCAUACAGCCUGGGGAGGGAGCCUCAGCCUGGCCAGCCUGAGAAAAACCACCAAUCAUUACCAAACUCGUACUGAGCACUGUCCUCGCACCUCGCUCUGGGUGCAAUAUGCUGUACCUGGGAGCUCACAGUCUGUGGGGAUUGGGGGGACAGAGGCCAGCAGAAACCCUUACGGUGGCUCAUAAGGCCCCGUCCUUCACCUCCCACCGCUGCAUCUCACUGUGCUCCGGCCUCACUAGCCUGCUUCUGGUAUCUUGGAUCUGCCAGGCACGUUCACGCUUCAGAGCCUUUGCCCCUGGUGUUCCCUCCAUCUGGAAUGUGGUUCUCCCAGCUCAGCACAUGGCUACCCCUUUGUCAUCCCUGGGAUUUUGGACACGAGUCCCCUUUUCAGAGAUGGCUUCUCCAACCACUCGGUCAGCAGGGUGUCUGAACUUUCUGGAAGCAUCUAUCACUGAAGUUUUCUGGCUUAUUAAGUGGUUGGCCGUCCCCCACCUCUGCUGAAAUCCAAAUAAUGCCUUGGGAGCCGGUCCCCAUCUGUCUGACUCACCGCUCCUUCUCGGCACCCGGCACGUGGUGGGGCAUGGGCCUCCGAUGACGGACUGUUGGGAGGAUGUGCUGUGUCGCUGGCAGGGGGACAGGCCCUGGCCGAGGUGUGGGGAGGGACGGGGCAGCUCAGCCAGAGCAGGUGUCUGCAGUGGGGAGGGAGGGCAGGUAACCAGUGCUGCAGCUUCAGAGGGCUAAGCUCCAGAUGAGCUGGGGGGAUGGGAUGUGGGGGUGACUUACCCAGAAUGUCCUCCCCUUGGAGCCCCGCAGGCCACUUUACAUAAGGGUGGAAGCUGCCUCCUGGCGCGGAGGCGGGGCUAUGAGUCCCGGUGCCGCGAGGCAGCUUCCAGGCCGGGAGGGGAGGCACAGAAUCCUGAAUGGUGGUUUCCCAGACCCUGCAGCUUCUGCCACAUCUGCUUCUCCUCUUGUACAACGGGGCGGAGCAGGCCCCAGAGUUGGGGUGUCCACCGCCACGGAGGGGCCCCGGGGCAGUGGGAUGAGGCAGUGCCAAGGGGGCACCAGUGUGAUAGGGAAGGGGACCGGCAGGUGGACGAGGGGCAGAGGGCACGCGAGGGGCCUUCUGAAGGAUUAGGAGGGCUGGUAGAGAGGCAGAGCACACCCGGGACAGGGAAGGGUCUGAGGACGGAGAGCGGCUGGUGAGAAGGAAGGGGGAGUGCUGGGUAGGGGUGGGAGUAGUAGCUCUCAGAGCCCAACAGCGGGAGGCCCAGGGCUAGAUAGGUUCCUGGUGUGCGGAUGGGGCACAGAUAGAAGGAAUGCUCCUGGUGGGCAGGAAGUGGCAGCCCCGGCUCAGGUCCAUCGUGAAUCCGACCAACCCGGCCCAAACCAGGGGGCUGCUGGUCACACAUUUUGAGGCUGGGGGGGUUCCAAGCAGUAUCUCUCUGCUCCAAGUCCCCUGUUCUGGGCCUGUUUUGAAGAUGGUUUUUGUUCUUAUCAGCUGCCCAAAAUUUGGGGACUCAACUAAGAUCCCAUGGCUUUGGAUCUCUUCCGGCUGGGG